AAGACAUAAAAAAUCUGCAUAUGGAAUUAUCUGUGCCAAACAACAUGGGACCUAACGCCCACAGUUUUACCCCAUCGUCUAUAAAUGAAAUACUUUCAGUCUUUCACUUCAUCUCCAUCAAGAAACUUCAAACUGCAAAACAAAGCAUUUGUUUCAUUUAUCAAAAAUACUCCCAGAGCUUUUUCACCUUCUCUCAAGUUAUUACAAUGGAUGUCUACAUAUCAGAAGAGUAUGUCACCCGCAGGAGAAUGGAGAAAAAAGCUGCCGCUGUGGCCGGAAAGGAUCUGAGGUAUGGCUUUUAUGCAUGCAAUAGACCGGAAAAGAGAAAAAGCAUUCCCCAGAUAUCGGAAUCUCGGCCGGAGAACGAGUUUCGGGUCACCAGCGGUGGUGUUUAUGAGAGUUGUGUGUUCCAAUGCUUCUCGCCGUAAUAACCUGAGCGUACAAGUUUAAUGAUUUAAACGCAGACGCAUGCUUAUGCAUGGGCUGUUAUAUUAGUUGUAGCUCUUUGUAUUGUAUCUCUUGGUUUUUAUGCUACUAGUAGUAUAUAGAGAGGGGGUUUUCUUGACUACGUGUGUGUUUAUCCAUAAACUACAAGUCUACAACAAUGUAUAAUUGUUAGAUUCUAGAUAACUAAAUAAGAUAUGUCAAAUAGAGUGAUAAAAUUAGUGAACGGAUAUAAAUCAUUCGUUGAAAGAUAUAGUAGACAAUGAAUAAUCAGAU